CCACCACCACCACAAAAGAACCCACCACCACCACAAAAGAACCCACCACCACAAAAUCACCCACUACUACACAGAUUCCUACCACAACCAGCACAAAGGUACCUACCACAACCAUUCCAGAAGCCUCUACCACCAUUAUGGGAAGCUCCACUGCUGGAAGUCUGUCCUCAGUGCCAGGAGCAUCGCUGAUUGAGGUAGCAGAUGGAGCGUGGGUGUGGAUAUGCGAUGACCCCACACACAUCUGGGCAUCUGGGUUCCCCGUUAUCCUCACUUAUCCUGAUGACCCCAACUGGGAGGACCCUGGAUCUUGCAUACUGAACAGUGACACGGAGAACUGCAUCUACCCUCCUCGACCGCUGGACCACGCCGGGUUCACCAAGAAUCUGACGUUGGGGUCUGCCUACGUCUUUGCGGUGUACUAUCAGUGUGAGGCUGGCUGGAUGACCUUGUCGGGGAUGCAUGGUGUCUUAGCGCAGUGCAAGGGAGGAGUGUGGGCCUCUCCUUCAGAUAUCUGUAUUGAAUGUAAGUUUGCUUGGUGA